GAUGAAGAUCUAAUGACGAGGCCGCCACGCUGCAUUUUGCUUGCUAUUGAAGCUAGGCUCUCCGGGCAGCAACGCCCUCCUGUCACCUCCGCACGAGCGCCCUUGGCGCUUGUCCGUUUGGUUCCUCUGUAACGUCUGACCAUUCUAUCCACCCUUGCAGCUAGUGCUUUGGUGUCACCUGGUGAGAUUUCCCCGCCGUACUUAGGGACAGAUUUUCAGUGGACACUGCUGUAACAAAGAUGGGUAGGAAGGCGCCUAAGAAACCAGCCAGAAAAAGGAAAAGCAAACGACUUGAUGACGACUCUGACGACCGGGGCGACGGGGGAGCUAGCGAUUCUGAAUACGAGCCUGGCAGUGAUGAAGAAGAGGAGGACGAGGAGAUCGAUGAAGAGGACUCCGAACUUGAGAGCGAGAGCACUUCAGAAGAAGAGAUGGAAAAAAGCCGCAGAAACAGCCGCUCCAGUAGCAAAAAGCUACCUCCCCAGGGGAAGGGCUCCAAACGGAGAAGGAAGAAAGGGGACGGAGGGAACGGGGAGUCGGAUGCCUCCCGGGAUUUUGUUUGGGAGCUCCAAAUCCGGAAGGUGUGGAAAACAAAGCCCCAGGAUGGACAGACAGGGCCUUGGAAGAAGGUGACUGUGAACGAGCUCUUUGACAUCUUGAAGCUGCAAGUGACAUCAUUCGAGGAAGAAGGAGGCCCUUCCAGAGUGGGGAUAAGCGGGGCCAAGGAGGGGGGCUCGAAGAGGAAGAGGCAGGUCGGCAGUGAGGAUGACGUCAGCGAGCCUCGGGCAGGGGGAAAGAGGAAGUCGGCGAGGCUUUCGAGCGGGCGGGGACAGAAGCGGAGGGAGUCGUUUGCCGAUCCAGGCAACAUUGUCGGAUCUGACGAAGAUGACGGCAGCGUUGAAGAGAUUCCAAGAGAACGGGUGACCCCAAAAGGUGGGGGAAGACGGAAGUCAAAAGGAAACAAGUUCGUGGCGGGGGGGGAGGCGCGGUCGGAUGAUGACGAAGAAGAGGGAGACGACGACUUGAGCGAUUUUAUUGAUGAUACUGAGGUUGGUGAAGGUGGGGCGGCGGGGCGGGUUUCAGAAGACGAAGAGGGGAAAGAAUCGGGGGAAGAGGGGGAUGCGGACGAGGGCAAGGAGACCGGUUCUGACGAAGAAUGUGGGAGCAGUCGCAGGCGGCUUCAGAAAGUGCAGGGAGGCCAAGGGAAUGGGGACUCGCUUCCUGAGUUGAGUGUAGAGCUAGAAGAUUUUAUGGGCGAGCACGGGCCGUCCAGUUCGCGGAGGAAAUCAAAACGGAUGGUGGAGAGCGAAGGGGAAGAAGAAGCGGACGGGGGAGAGGGACAGGGAGUUGCGAGGAAGGCUGACUCUCCGGAGAUUCCACUGAAGGGCGGGCUGACGUCACCUGUGGCUCUGGAGAUUCCGGAGGUGCAAGCGGAGGCAGCAACAGAAGUGGGCGGAAGCAGAGGCGGUCCGGAAAGCUUGAGGAAACGGAGACGGGUGGAACUCCUGGAAGAAGACAAGGACGAAGAGAGUGAGGCAAGAGCGGCGGACGAAGGGGUUGGGCAAGUGGAGGGGAAGAAAAGCGACCACGACUUCGGAAUAGACGAAAACAUUGUGCAAGCUGGGGGGAAGGACGUGGCGGAUUUGCAUGAGGAGCAAGGUACCCAGGCCGCAGAGAUUGGGGGCCAAGCAGAGUGCGAAGACGGUUUUGGGAAGGGAAAGGACGCGGAAUUCGAUGGGGGAGGGAAAGAGAAUGGUUCAGCGAUGCCGGAAUCAACGGGAAAUGAAGUGUCUGCGGAGGCGCCAGAAGCGGCGGUCGAGAUCGACGGCGGGGGAGGGCGAGGAAAGCGGUCGCGCCGGAGUGACGUUUCACUUGACGAGGUGCUCGUGAAGAUGAUUGAUCACCGGAACAAGGUGCUUGGGCUGACCGCCGAGGAAGAGGAGGACGAACUAGAGGGGGAGGAAAACGAAGACGAUACGGAAGACGUGACCGAUUUCGUCGUUCCGGACGAGGACGGGGAUUACCAGGGGUAUGGCGAGGGAGCCGAAGCGGGGGGCGGUGAGAAGGGGGCGUCGGAGGGGGGGGAAAGCGAGGGGGAGCCGACCGGCGAAGAUGAAGAAGUGGUACAGAAGGAGGACUUUGAGAUGUUCGUGGAGUAUGUUCUGCGGACGAUACAGGAUCCGGAGUAUAAGAAGGAAGCGAGGCGGGACGAUGAGCUGAUGGCGUCGGUCAGGAGAAGUGAGGAGGCCCUGACGUCCCGCCGCACGCAGCUGGUCGAGAGCACCGCAUGGACCCCGGAAUUCAAGCGCGCGCUCGACAGCCGCCCCGGGCUGGCGUGCCGCGACACCCGGGACCACGAGGACUGCCAGGCGUGCGGCCGGGCGAACCACCCGUCCACUCACAUCAUGGUUUUCUCGGGGGAGCGGCUCAGGCCGGGCGAGGUUUGGGAGUUCGACAUGGCGGUCUCAGCUGCCUCCCGCCUGCACAACGACAACGAGGGAGAGGAGGACGAGAACGAGGGCGAGGAGUUUUUGGUGGGCCGGUUCUGCUACGCCCGGGCUAUGGCGUACCACGCCUUGCAUCACUACAAGUGGCGCUUUACGCGGCGACUUAGAAAGGUUCUCGCAAAAGCGGGGUCCGGCUUAAAGGGCGAAGACGCAAUCUCGGCAGCGCUGAUGGCCACCGAGGUCAUUUCGAGGUUGCACCGAAACAUCAAUCGGUUUGUAAACGCCGCUGAGCGCUUCAGGGAUCGGACGCAGGAUGGCAAAAAGGGCUUAGUGACCAUGGAAGAGAUGACGGAGGAGGAUAGGUUCUUGGAGAUGGUCGAGGAGCUGGACGAGGGAGGAAUUGUAGUAUAGUGCAGCAACAACUAUAAGAAACUUGUACAGAUACCCAUGUCCAACAUAAGAGGACUUUUUACAUCCCGACGACUGUGCUUCUGAGAUGUUGACGUCUGAAUGAUUCCAAC